AUGGACGUUUUCAACCAGCAACAGGAGAUCGAUGACGCGUAUCUCUUAGCGACGAUCCUGGUGUAUAUGACUGUCGGUCGUGACCUUAUCACCGCCCUCACCGUGGUCUUGGCUCUUCGUUCCGCCAUCGUGGGAGGCACAACGACCUUGACGCUUCGCUACUUCAUGGUACUCUUCGUCCGCUACAUUAUCAUCUAUGCGACCGAGGUUCCCUACAUCAUCCGCAAGAAGAGAUGGACCAGCUUCUGCCACCGGUAUCAACUACCACGCAACGUCGCAAGAUUCGGCUCUUUCUCCUACCUCUGUGUGCAAUUCAGCCUACUUGCCAUCGAGACCAACCUGUUCCGGCUUUGGCGCCAGCAUUGGCUUAAAGGGGGCGCGGAUGGACAGGGCACCGGUGUGGCGUUGGCGGCUACCAUCGCCUCACUCACGAUGUAUACCAUCCGACAGGCGUACAUCAAGGUGCGCUUCCUCUGGGAGCUCAUACAGCACUGA